UUGGGUGUUGUUUUACAUGGUACUUAUUAUGUUGUUAGUCAUUUUCAUUAUGUUUUGAGGAUAGGAGCUGUUUUUGGUAUUUUUUGUGGUAUUAAUCUUUGGUGGACUUUUUUGACUGGUUUUAUUUAUGAUAAAAUUUUUAUGAGUAUGGUGUUUCUUGUGGUUUUUGUGGGUGCCAAUUUAACUUUUUUUCUUUACAUUUUGUUGGUUUGCAUGGUAUUCCUCGUAAAUAUGUUGAUUAUCCCGAUAUUUACUCUUUUUGGAAUGUUAUUUCUUCUUAUGGUUCUAUGUUAA